AUCGAUGAUUCUUUUUUUUAUCUCUCUUUUUCGAGUCAGUGAUUGCUGAUGUGUACUUUUUUCGAUAAUUAAUGUUUAUUGUAAUAUUAAUUAUUGUUUGAAUAUAUUUAUUGUUAAUAAUAUACACGAUAACAUAAAUAACAAUAUAUUUAAUGAAUUGAACAAUCAAAAUAUUAAAUAAAUUAUAAAUUUAUCAUUUUUUUUUUUCUAUUUUUCUUGAGCUUCAUCAUUAUUUUGAUGUGUGAAUAGAAUAUAUUGUCAAGUGUUUAAAGAAUAAAUACUAAUAAUAAAAAACAAAAAAAUUGUUGUAAUUUUUUAUUUUGUUUGGUUAUUAUUUAAUUGGUUUUGUUGGACUGAUUGAAAUAAGAUAAUUUUAUAAAUUUGAAAAUUGUCAAUGAUUUAUUAAACUUAAAGAUGGAUAUAACGACAAUGGAAGUUGAUAAAAAUACAAAUGAUAAUAUUGAAAUUGAAAAUACUCCAAAAAUUGAUCAUGAUUUACUCAAUGAAUUUUUCGUAAUUAAACCAAAAGAUAAUGGUGAUUCAUCAGCAAUAAAUGAUAGUUCAAAAUCAAAUGAUUUAACUAUUGAAAAAUCAAAUAAUGAUAAUUUGAAAAAUAAAGAUAAUUCUGAUAAUAAUGAUUGUAAAAAAAAUGAAUUAUGUGAAAAUAAAAUUGAUGAUAAAAUUAAUUUUUUUGAUAGUAUAAAAACUACUGACAAUAAAAAUGAUGAUAAAGAUGAUGAUAAAAACACAGAUACAACAUUAAAUAAAUUACCGGAAAUAAAAAUAUCACCAUCAGAUUCAAGUACGAUAAUUGAAAAAAGUAAUGAUGAUAUUAUAUCAAAUGAAAAGGUAAAUAAUGAAACAACAAAUGAUACUAAAGAUUCAAGUGAUUCAAUUGAUUCAAUAACUGAAGAAACAAUUAUUAUAUCAGCAUUAGAAAGUUCAAGUAGUGCUGAUGAUGAAAUUACUGAAGAGACACUUGAUGAUACAAAUGGUACUAUUGAAUAUAAUCUUGUUGAUUACGAUGAGAUAGAUGAUAAGACAACAACAAAAAAUACUGAAAAAACAUUAAAAAAUAUUGAAAUUAUUGUAGAAAAUAUUGGUGAAUCAACAACGACAAAAAUUAUUGAUGAAAAACCUGAAACUCCAAUUAAAAAUACAAAAUUGUCUGAUGAUAAAAUUGAAAUUAAAAAAUUACCAAUAAUACAAAAUAAAAAAAAUGAUAAUGUUGUUGUUGAUAAUGUAACUAGUCCAGAUGCAAAACAACGUACUUUAAUAAAAGAUAUAUUUGAUGAUUGGACUGAUGAAAAUAAUGAAGAAGAAAUUAAUUCUCCUCAAGAAUUAUCAAAAUCACAUGAUGAUGAUGUUGAGCAUCAAUUGAGUCUUCUAGAUGGUUCAAAACAAAAAGACGAUGAUGUCAAAUUGCCAGUAACAAAAAAAAUUCAAACAUCAUUAUUAAAAAUAAAUAAAAUUGAUUGUGAAAAACAAAAAAAUAAAAAAGACAUCAUACCAACAAAACCAUCAAUUAAAAUAACUCAAAUAAUUGACAAUAAACCAUCAAAUUCAUCACAAAUUAUAACAAAAGAUAAAAUAAAUAAAAAAGAUGAUUUGAUAAUUAAAAAAAAUAAAGAUGAUAAUAAAUCACCAGUAACAAUCCCAGCAUUGAUACCUAUUGAAAAUCCAGAUAAAAAAAUUAAAAUUAAAGAUAAUAUUAAAAAAAAAGAAAGUGAUGAUAAUAGUGAUUUAUUGGCUAUUCUUGAGGGUGAUGUUGAUCCAGAUUGGUCUGAUUUAAAGCCAACUAAUGAUAAUCAAACUAAAAAAACAUCAACAACACCAAUAAGUGAACGUGAAAUUGCAAUGAAACAAUUAUUAGGACUUGAUAGUCCACAAAAACAAUCACCAUCAUCAUCAUCAUCUCCGAUAACUCCAAAAAAACGUUUAUUUCAAACAAAAUUAUCUGAAGAAUUAAAACUAAUAUCAGCACUUAGAACCGAGGCAGAUAAUAAAAAUUUAAAAAAAAUAUCAACAAUUGAUUUAACAUCAAAUGAAAAAGAAUUAAUUGAUAAUAAUAGUGAUAUUAAAAGUGAAGAAACACGAUCUGGACGUAAAAGAAAACCAACUGAAAAAGCACGUGAACAUGAAAUAUCAGCAAAACGUCAAAAACUUACUAAAACACGUCCAUUAAUAUUAAAAAAAAAUAUCAAAAAAAAUGAUAAUAUUAAUGCAAAUAAUGUGAAUAAUUUAUCAUCAAUUGACAAUCAAGAUAGUGAUUCAAAUACAGAAAGUAUUAAUGAACGUAAAUCAUCAUUAUCUGAAGUUGAAGAAGUUGUUGAUAAUAUUGAAAAAUCAUCAACACCAACAACAGCAAAAAAACAAAAAGAUGAUUUAUCAUUAAAUAAUAAAAAAAUUAUAACAAAAAAAUUACCAAAAACAACAACGCCAACAACAACAACAACAACAGUAACAACAAUAAUAACACCACCUUCACCACCGCCACCACCACCACCACCAGCACCAGUAUCAAUAAAAAAAACAAAUAAAAAAUUACCAGUUAAAACACCAACUAAAAAAACAACAAUGCCAGCACCAACAGAUACACCAAAACCAAAAAAAAAAAGUAACAAUGAAAUUGAUAGAUUAUUACAAGAUGAAGGUGUUGUUAAUCUACUUUAUGAUGUUGAUCAACCAAGAACAAGACGUCUUGUACCAGUUACAAAAUCACAAGUUAAAGUUAUGGAUAUGGUUAAAGUACAACGUGAAUUAAAAAUACGUACAAAAUUAGUUAAAAAUGCUGUAUUACGUUUACGUACAUCAAGUACAAGUCCAACAAAAAUAUCACCACGUGCAAAACGCUGUGUAUCAAUUAAUUAUGAUCAAGAAAAUAAUCAACAACAAUUACUAACACCAGAAAAAUUAACUGUUGAUAAAAAACAAGAUAAUAUUAAAUCACCAAAAUCACCAACUGAAUUUAUUUAUCCAGCUAAAAUACGUAAUGCUGCUGAUGCAUCUGUUAUUGUUAGAAGACAUUCAUCAAGUUCAUUUUCAUCAACAUCUGGUAGUCCACGUGUUAGUUUUGAUGGUACACGUACACGAGAUUCAUUAACACAUGAUAAUCAUGAUGAUGGUAAUAAUAUCAGAGCCAACAAAAGAAGAAUAUCACAAGAUAAUAAAAAAAAAAUUGCUGAUGCUAAAAAAGCAAAAAAACAACCAGUGCCAGUAUCUGUUACCAUUAAAAAAAUUGAUGCAAAUAAAAAAACAAGAGCUGGUUCUAUUAAUCAAACUGAUGAAGUUGCUGAUAAAUCGACAUCAAAUAAUAAUAAUAAAUCAAAUGGUAAUGUUGCUACUAAAAAUAUUAAAGGUAAAAAAAAUCAAAAAAGUAAAGUAUCAUUUAUAAAAGAAGAGAAAGAAGAUGAAGAAGAAGACGAUGAUAAUGAUGAAGAAGAAGAAGAAGAAGAUGAUGAUGAUGAUGAUGUUAAAGAUAAAGAUAAUGAGCCUGAAAAAAAAGAAAACAAAGGUGUUAAAAACGAAACAGCUGAUGGUGAAUCAGAUGAAUUAUCAGUAUGUUUAGCUGAAGCUGUAACAGCACUGGCAACUGAACGUUCAAAUCGAAAAUCAAAGCUACGUAAUUCAACAACAAAUGAUGAUAAAAAAACACGUUCAUCAAAUGAUAAAAUACAAUUUAGUAACAAAGAAAUAAAUGUUAAAAAACAUGGUAAUCUUGUGCAAUUAAUAAUGACACCAUCAACAAAUUCAAAAAUAAGAAAUGGCAUAACAUUACAAAUGAUGGAAGAAUUCAAAGAUGUAUUAACAAUAUUAAAAAAAGAUGAUGAUUGUAGAGUUGUAUUGUUAACAUCAACUGGCUCAAGUUUUUGUGAAGGACUAGAAUUAUCAACAUUGUUACAUGAUGAUAAAGAUACAAGACGUACACAUGCACAAGAACUUGCAAAAGGUGUUAAAGAAUUUAUCAAAAGUCUUGCAACAUUUAAUAAACCAAUUGUUGCUGGUGUGCAAGGUACAGCAGCUGGUCUUGGUGUAACAAUGUUGCCAUUAUUUGAUCUUGUUAUUGCAAGUGAUAAAGCAUCGUUCAGUACACCCUAUGGUAAAUUAGGACAAAUUGCUGAAGGUGCUGCUGUUUUUACAUUGUCACAUUUUCUUGGAAAUGCUGUGACAAGUGAACUUUUAUUGGGUGGAAGAACACUAACAGCAAAUGAAGCACUAAGAGCUGGACUUGUUUCAAGGGUACUUUGGCCAGAUAGGUUUCACGUUGAAUUGUUGCCUUCUUUACGAGUAAUGAGUGAUCAAUCAGCCCAAUCUAUGGAGGCAACAAAGGCACUUCUUCGUCACAGUUUUCGCACUAAAUUGGAUGCAGCAUUGGAGUCUGAAUGUUAUCUUUUGAUACAACACUGGUGUUCAACCGAGUGCCAGGAUGCCAUCCGCGUUUACCUGGAUGAAAAAAUUCAGUAAAAAAAAAAGGAAUAAUAAUAAUAAUAUAAUUAAUAUUAAAAAACGUAAGUACAGAGUAUAUAAAUUAUUUUCCAUCUUUAAAAAUGAUGAAGAAAUUGUGUGGUUAAUUAUGAGAUAACUGAAUCGAGAAAAUAAAAAAUGAAAAGUUAUAAACACCCACACACGAAUUCAGGCGAUUGAAAAAAAUAAUAUUAUUUAAAUAUUAGACUUAUUGAUGGAUAAAUGAAUAAUUCUGACUGCUGAAUGUUUAUUUUUUUUUGUUUUUUUUUUUUCUAUGUUACAUAAUUUAUGUAAAAUAAGUUUCUAGCGUCUAGCUAAUUUACAAUGCAAAAUUAAAAAUUUGACAUUUAAAAAUUUCAUCAUUAGGUAGUAUUUAAAAAUGAUAAAAAUGCAAUAAAAUUGCAAACGUGAUUGAUCAUCAAUUUGUUAACUAUCUUUAAAGAUUAAAAACAAUUUAUUAAAUUUUUAAUUAGUUUAUUUUGAUCAAAUUGAUUUUUUAAAGCAUUUUUUCUUUGCUUUUUUUACUAAAACAAAUCAAUUAUACAUUUUAAUUGGCUAGAUAAAUAUUCAGUUAAUUUGAAAUUGAUGUAAAUUUUAGUUCUAAAUAACCAUGUAUAUUUGUCGAUCAACAAAUGAUGUCAAUUGUACAAAAAAAAAAAAGAACAAAUACGUUGAAUAUUGAGUUGAUAUUUUUUUUUUUCAUGUAGCUUCACUCUGCACUUUGCUUUGAAUAUAUUAAUAAAUUUGUUUUCUUUUAAAUUCAUAUGAAAAAAUUAAUUUAUCAUUUGUUCUAUAAUCAAUAAAAUCAAUUGUACACAUAAAAAAUUAAUUUUAUUGAAUUGUAAAAUGCCAAAUUGGCAAAUUCACCCUGGUGAAAAUAUUUCUCCGCGAUUUCUCUUGAAUUUCUCUGAGAUUACUCCGAAUUUCUCCCAAAUAGACCCAUAUGAAGAAAUAAGUGGAAAAAAGUACCAAAAUUUUUUCCGUAAUCACGGAAAAAUUCGGAAAAAUUCAGAGAAAUAUUUUUACCA